GGUGUGGCGAAGUUUAUGACGAAGGCGAGAGGCGGAAGGGUAAGUUUCGACCCGAACCGCAUAGUAAUGGCCGGCGGAGCAACCGGAGCUAACGAGCUUUUAAUGUUCUGUUUGGCUGAUCCUGGAGAUGGUUUUUUAAUCCCCUCACCUUAUUAUCCUGCAUUUAAUAGAGACUUGAGAUGGAGAACCGGGGUACAAUUAGUACCUAUUAUGUGCCAAAGCUCCAACAAUUUUCAAAUUACCGAGAAUGCCCUUGAAGAAGCAUACCAAAAUGCCAAAAAGGCCAACAUCAACAUAAAAGGCCUAAUCCUAGCAAACCCUUCAAACCCAUUAGGCACCACAUUGGACAAGACCACAUUGAAAAAGCUAGUCACCUUCACAAAUGACAAGCAAAUCCACCUCGUGUGUGACGAAAUAUACGCCGCCACAGUUUUCCGAGCCCCAGUUUUCGUAAGUAUCUCCGAAAUAAUCGAAGAGAUGGAAUGUGACCGUAGUUUGAUACACAUUGUUUAUAGUUUGUCCAAAGACAUGGGCCUACCGGGCCUCAGGGUCGGGAUUGUGUACUCGUACAAUGAUGCAGUGGUCAGUAGUGGCCGGAAGAUGUCCAGCUUUGGUUUAGUCUCGUCACAAACACAGUAUUUGCUGGCGUCAAUGCUAUCUGACGACGAAUUUACCGACAAAUUCUUGUUGGAAACUAGGAGGCUAGCGAGCAGGUAUGACUCAUUUAUAAAAGGGUUGGACAAAAUGGAUAUACAGUGUUUGAAAAGCAACGCGGGCUUAUUUUGCUGGAUGGAUUUGAGGCCUUUAUUGAAAGAGCCCACAUUCGAGGGUGAAAUGGGCUUGUGGAGGAUGAUAAUUAGUGACGUGAAGCUUAAUGUUUCACCGGGGUCUUCUUUCCAUUGCCACGAACCAGGUUGGUUUAGGGUUUGCUUUGCGAAUAUGGAUGACGAGACUUUAGAAAUUGCUCUUAGAAGAAUCCGGAUGUUUGUUGGUAAACAUAAACAAGUGGAGGAGCAGGCAAAGAAGAAGUCUUGGCGAGAAAGGAAUCUAAAACUUAGCUUUUCGUCACUGAUAUUAUACGACGACCAAACAAUGACACCAUCGCCUCACUCGCCGAUUCCGCAGUCACCUCUUGUUAGUGCCAAGACAUGAUAGAAUAAUUUCUUGCAAAAAUUUAAUGAAUAUUGUGUGUGU